AUGUCCCUGUCGCGAUCACCCUCUCCCCACCCGGGCGGAGGGUGGUCCAGCCCGGGGCUUACCCCUGGCAGCGGCGCCUCGACUCCGCGCGGCUAUUCGCCCGCGUCGCUAGCUCCCGGCGGUAUCUCGUGGGCCGCAGCAAAGGCAAAGAGUGACGAGGUGCGCGGGUAUCCCUCCUUCUCGACGCGCAACAGCGGUUUCUUUUCGCGGCAGAAGCACAAGAUCUCAGCGCGGCUGCCCAGCUUUCGCGGGCAUGCGUCCCGGCACGGAUAUGUCGAUAAGGAUGUGUACGGACGGGGGCAUUUGAACUCCGAUAGUGCCGGCGGGCGUGGACCCGGUGCCGCGCUAAAGGUGAUGAUGCGAAGAGGGAGGGUCCGGAUGAUAUUCGGAUUGUUCUUGUUGUGGAUUGGGUACCUUUGCUUGUGGCCGACAUUCGUCCAUUUGUAUCGACGGUCGCCACUGGGUGGAGGACGCAAGUUCGUCAUUAUCCUCGGGUCCAAUGUGGAGGGCGGCGUGAUGGAGUGGAAGGGCGCGCGCGAAUGGGCGAUCGAGCGCAACAGCAUCUGGAACAAGCAGCAGUAUGUCCAGCGCUGGGGCUACGAGCUGGAAGUCGCCAACAUGCUGGCCAAGAAGCGGUACUCUCACGAGUGGCGCGAGAACUGGGAAAAGAGCGACGUGAUCCGCGAGGCGAUGCGCAGGUAUCCCAACGCCGAGUGGUUCUGGUGGCUUGACUUGAACACCUGGAUUAUGGAAUACGGCACCUCGUUGCAGAGCCAUAUCUUCAAUGACCUCGAUUCCCACGUCUACCGCGACAUUAACGAGUACAAUCCACUAAACAUCACACAUCCGCUACCGGAAUUCUUCCUCGACGAUAUAGGACGCGCCCUCGAAGGGGACGGUAAUCCUGAUUCUCUUCAUCUACUCCUCACUCAAGAUUGCUCGGGCUUCAAUCUGGGGUCUUUCUUCUUGCGCCGGUCUGUCUGGACUGAACGCUUGCUCGAUGCAUGGUGGGACCCCAUCAUGUAUGAACAGAUGCAUAUGAACUGGGAGCACAAAGAGCAAGACGCUUUGGAAUACAUCUACCAAAGCCAAGCCUGGGUCCGCAGUGGUGUGGGUUUCCUACCCCAACGCAAAGUCAACGCCUUCCCACUCGGUGCCUGCGGCGACGCGAACGACCCGGCCGUCCACUACCAAGAAGAUGAGCAUGACUUCGUGGUCAAUAUGGCUGGGUGCAUGUUUGGCCGUGACUGUUGGGCUGAGAUCUACAAGUACCGCGAAAUCGGCAAUGAGCACAAUCGCUCUCGGUGGCAGUGGCUCUCAGACCGACUAACCUCUGCAAAAGACUCGGUCUUCGGGACGAAAGACUAG